ACCAAACCACCACCCCACCCCACCCCCUCAAACCACUCCAAUAUAUAAACCAUUUUCAUAGCCCGAACGGCUGCCUCUCGGCUUUCGGCUUUCAACUUCGGUUUCACGCUAAAACAACCCAAAAGUGGCAAUUGAUUCUUUUUUUAUGCUUUUCCUGUUUUAAUUCAAAACGGUAAGCAGAUUCGGAUUCGGGAAGACCCAUUUUUCUCUGCCUUUUGCUUUUUCUCACUUGCCCAUGAAAAACAAACCGAUUGGCUUCAAAUUUUCCAGAUAAUUUUUCCGACCUACCAAUCAAGCUCUUUUAGCUUUCGUGCUGGAUUCGGGAUUUUUUAAUUCUUAAAAUAUUUAGAAGGGGAGAAAGCUUCUGAUAGACUUUGUUGAAAUUUAGUGUUCUAGAGAGAGAGUUUGGGCGUUUUGGUGAAUGUAAUGGUAGAAGAGAAUUGAUUAGUUACACAAGGCAGAGAGAUCAGAGAUGGUGGCGGUGCGGAAGGUUGGCAAGUAUGAGGUGGGGAGGACGAUCGGAGAAGGGACCUUCGCUAAGGUAAAGUUCGCGCAGAACACGGAGACCGGUGAGAGUGUGGCCAUGAAAGUGCUCGAUCGCAGCACCAUCAUCAAGCACAAGAUGACCGACCAGAUUAAGAGGGAGAUAUCUAUAAUGAAGCUUGUUAGACAUCCAUAUGUUGUUCGUCUUCAUGAGGUUCUAGCAAGCCGUACAAAAAUAUAUAUAAUCUUGGAGUUCAUCACAGGUGGCGAGUUGUUUGAUAAAAUAGUUCACCAUGGCCGACUAAGUGAAAAUGAAUCUAGAAGAUACUUCCAACAGCUCAUUGAUGGUGUGGAUUAUUGCCACAGUAAGGGAGUCUACCACAGAGACUUAAAGCCUGAAAACCUUCUACUAGAUUCCCAAGGAAAUCUAAAGAUUUCAGAUUUUGGUCUCAGUGCGUUGCCUGCGCCGGGAGUUAGCCUCCUUAAGACAACUUGUGGUACUCCUAACUAUGUAGCACCAGAGGUACUCAGUCACAAGGGUUAUGAUGGUGCUGUAGCAGAUGUCUGGUCUUGUGGUGUCAUCCUUUAUGUUCUGAUGGCUGGAUAUCUCCCGUUUGAUGAGCUUGAUUUAACCACUCUGUACAGUAAGAUCGAGAGAGCAGAAUUUUCAUGCCCAUCCUGGUUUCCGGUGGGAGCAAAAUCCCUGAUUCAUAGAAUUUUAGACCCAAAUCCUGAAACUCGCAUUCGAAUUGAACAGAUCAGGAGCGAUGAGUGGUUUAGAAAGGGGUAUAUUCCAGUCCGACUUCUUGAAUAUGAAGAUGUUAACCUGGAUGAUGUAAACGCUGUGUUUGAUGAUCCUGAGGAACAACAUGCUAAUGAUCAACAUGGAAAUGAGGACAUGGGUCCUCUGAUUCUUAAUGCAUUUGACCUAAUAAUUCUUUCUCAGGGCCUAAACCUUUCAGCUCUGUUUGAACGGGGAGAGGGCCCUGUAAAGCAUCAAACACGUUUCGUUUCACAGAAACCACCAAGAGUUGUUCUAUCAAGCAUGGAAGUUGUUGCACAAUCCAUGGGUUUCAAGACACAUAUUCGCAAUUAUAAGAUGAGGGUGGAAGGCAUUUCAGCCAAUAAGAUGGAACAUUUCUCAGUCAUGUUGGAAAUUUUUGAAGUUGCUCCCACAUUUAUUAUGGUAGACAUUCAGAAAGCAGCUGGAGAUGCUGGUGAAUACCAGAAGUUUUACAAGAACUUCUGCAGCAAUCUGGAGGAUAUCAUCUGGAAACCACUCAAUGAAUCGAGCAAAUCAAGGAUCACCAAGACGAAGAGUAAAAAGGGUUGAUUGUUUACUGGAAACCACCAAAUCAAUCAAGCAAAUCAAGGAUGACCAAGACAGAGAAUUAGAUGUAUUGAAUUGUUUUCCAGAAGGCCAGCUACAAAUGCCAAAUAUGUUCAUAUAUAGGGUCGACCUGUUGCCUUAAACUGUGGAAACUGCUGUAUCCUUGGAAGUGCAGAUUCCAUUGCAGCUUUACCUACACUGCACCACUAAAAAAAAGGAGGAAAAAAAAAAAAAAAAAAAAACAUUUGCAACUUCUAAUAUGAUUAGUGCCUGUAUAUCAUAUAUCUCUAUUUUGUGAGUAGUUCAUCUCUUACGAUUGUAAUGCCAUUUUGUAGACAAGAGAAUAAUAGCUGAUAGUUGUUAUCAAAACGAGUAGAAACCCAUGUCUUGCCGGGGUUUAAAUGAAUGGAGAGGUUCGGAAUUUUCUUUGAGUUUAA